AUGCAGCUGUGCGUUAGCGGUCAGCACACCUCACACCUGCCCCGCCGCUGCCGCUGUAGAAGGCGUAAUCAGUCACCACCAGCACUGACCGCUUCUGCAUGCUCUGAAAUUAAUGAUCCACUGUGGAGCGGUGCACACGCCACAUUAUUUACCGCUCACUCGGCUGAAGCCAACGCGGCCUUUCUCUUCAUUAGGACAGAGGCGUGUUCGGAUGUGUCCAGGAGGCCGCCAUCAGAGAAGGACCCUCCAGACUCUCCCAGCCCAGACACCACCGGGUAUGAAAAGUUGUUGUGUCUCGAGGAAAAGUGCAGACCUUUCUUUGUAUUUCACAGUUUUUGUCUUAAUGACCCGGUGGUGUCUGGGUUGGGAGAGUCUGGAGGGUCCUUCUCUGAUGGCGGCCUCCUGGACAAAUCCGAACACGCCUCUGUCCUAAUGAAGAGAAAGGCCGCGUUGGCUUCAGCCGAGUGA